AAUACAAUUGAGACUACACCUACAAAAGAUAAAUUUGUUGUACCUUGUAUUUUGUAAUGUAUUUCUCUUCUUGUUUCUUGAAUCAUGAUUAUAAUAGGUAGGUACAUAGGUGGUUAGUAUGUGGUGUGAUUAUAAUGACUAUAGGUUAUUAUAGCCUAUAGGUAAUGUUAAUUUCUAUUGUGAAGUUCGUGCGUGUGAAGGUUUAGUUAUUUUUUUCUCCGAUCUGGAAUAAUAUUGUUUUCGUGAGCUUUUAUUGUAUUAUAAAACAUAUACUAUUAUUAUACUAAAAUUAUAUUGUUAGAAAGCCAAAGUAACUACUUGAAGUUGACAUAUUUAUCACCAUCAUUCACCAUUCAUAACUGUCUUAAUAUAUUAUAAGUAUACAUGAUGGCUAAUCAAAAUUCAAAAACAGACGAAAAAUACUUAUUGAAAAAUGGCCGUGUCUUACUAAAAGAAAUGUUCGACGGAUUAGCUUACACUUAUCCAGUAUUUGAUGUAUAUCCAGAGAGUAGAAUAGUUGGAUUAAAAUUGAAAUCAGAAAAACGAGUUUGCUUACUCGGUGGCGGUGGAUCUGGACAUGAACCAUAUCCAUUUGGAUAUAUUGGUGAUGGGAUGUUAUCCGCGUCCGUAAGUGGUUACGUGUUUACUUGUUGUUCGUCUCUCAAUAUUUACCAGGCAAUCAAAUAUUUAAAUAAUUACAAUUGUAAUGGAGGCGUUUUACUUAUUGUGGCGAAUUAUACUGGUGAUGUAUUUAAUUUUGGAUUGGCCUGUGAAAAAGCGAAAAAAAUCGACAAUAUUGAUGUGGCUGAGUUAAUAGUGAGUGAUGAUUGUUCAAGACCAGGUGGAAAAGUAGGCAGAAGAGGAAUGUGUGGUUUAUUGUAUGUUAUAAAGAUAUUAGGUGCACUGGCUAAACGUGGUAGUAGUAUUGAUGAUUUAUUGUGUCUGGGUAAAAACAUCAACGAUAAGCUAGCGUCGCUUGGAAUAAGUGCAACUUCAUGUAAUGUACCAGGUGAAGAUCCAUCAUUUUUACUUCAACGAGGAGAAUUUGAAUUUGGAGUUGGAUUGCACGGGGAAGCAGGGACUUCAAGAAUUAAAGCAUGUGAUGUGAAAGAUUUAAUCCGUUUAGCAGUAGAUAAAAUAUGUAGUACCCUAUGCUUGAAAGAAUUUAGCAUAAUUUGUUUGAUUGUGAAUAAUCUUGGAUUAGUAUCACAUAUAGAGUUAGGUGCAUUGGCUAAAUACACUAAAGAAUAUUUCGAUGAACUUAAAAUAGAGGUUAGCCGUAUGUUUGUGGGAACAUUUAUUGUAUCUCUAAAUAUGUAUGGAUUUCAAUUAAGUGUUAUUGAUGUGAGUGCCAAUCGAGAAUGGAUUAAUUAUAUAGAUGAAGAAACAUCAGCUUUUGCUUGGCCGGGAAAUCAUAUGAGCAUCAAAACAAUCGAACAACAAAAAUCAGAAAAUAUAAAAAUUCCAAAUAUUGAUGAUAUAAAUCCUAAAUUAGGUGUAUGUAUAUCAGAAAAAGCAAGUUUAAUAUUGAAAAAUAUAUUGAAACAAAUUGGAGAAGAUCUAUUGAAAAAUGUUGAUGUCUUAAACAAAUUGGAUCAGGAAAUCGGAGAUGGUGACAACGGUUCAACUAUUUCACGGUUUGCAUUAGAGUUGCUUACUGUUCUAAAGAAUCUUCCAUUAAACUAUCCAGCCAGUGUUUUGUAUUCUUUGGCAUUCAUCUGUGAAGACAAAAUGGGUGGUGCUUCUGGGGCUCUUUAUAGUUUGUUGUUGACUGGAGCUGCUGGGCAUUUAGCUUCAAUGAACUACUUAGACUGGACUGGAGCUUUGAAAAAUGCACUAGAUACAGCUAUGAAAUAUUCAAGUGCAAGAAAAGGAGAUAAGACCAUGUUUGAUCCAAUAAUUGCAGUAUACCAAGUGUUCCAAGAAUAUGGAGAUAUAAGUGCUAAAGAAUAUAAAACAGUUUUAGAAAAAGCAUUACAGCAUGUACAUGAUGUUUGCGAUGAUGUAAAACAAAUGAAAGCCGAAUUUGGCAAAGCUUCAUAUGUAGAAAGUGUUACUUCAGUUGGUAAAAUGGAUGCUGGAGCUUAUGGUGUAGCUUUAUGGUUUAACGCCAUAUAUACCGCUUACAUCAAUACAUCAAAAUAAAUACAAUUUCAUAAUAAUCAUAAAUUUGAGUAGUUUUUGUAAUAUAUUAGAUUAUUUAAUG